UGGAAGCACGACCAUGGCAACGCCAUUGGAAAUAUUUUAACAAAGAUUUGUGAAUUUGUCAUCUGUGAAAUACGGUAAAAAAAUGUCGGAAGUCGAGGAAACUUUGAAGCGUAUUCAAGCUCACAAGGGAGUGAUCGGUAUCAUCGUUGUGAAUCAAGAAGGCAUACCAAUUCGUACGACCCUUGAUAACUCAACUACAGUUCAAUAUUCUGGUCUCAUUCAUCAACUGACUGCGAAAGCCAGGGGAACAGUCCGAGAUAUUGACCCACAGAAUGAUUUGACAUUUUUGAGAAUUCGCUCCAAGAAGCAUGAAAUAAUGGUUGCUCCAGACAAGGAAUAUCUUCUAAUAGUCAUUCAAAAUCCGUCUGUUUGAAGAAAGGAUCUAAAACCGUUUACAAAAAAGAUAUUUUCUUGCACUUAGAUUGCAAUGUCUUCCACUCCAUAUAAGCGAUUAUGUUUUUCAUUUGUAUAAAUAUAUAAAUAUGUUUACAAUAAAGUUAUGUAGUGAAUGGUUUUAAAAAA